ACUCUUGCAAGUGAAUGAUUAACUAACAGUUUGUGUGUGUGGCUUUCAUAUGUACUCUUUGCUUUCAAGUGGAUACCACUUCAUACAUGUUUUGCUCUGAAUUAAUUAUGUAUUUCUUCUUCUUCUGAUACUCCUCCAUUGACGACAGGAGACGAAGCUUUUUCUUCUUCUUCUUCUUCUUCUGCUGAGAAGGUGAAGUGUACAGGUAUUUGGGAGAAGCGUAGUAUUUUGGAGAAGCUGCGGUCUGUAAUGGGUGAGACCUUAGAUUUUAUCAUAAGGGAGAAAGAGAAGAAGGGUGUUUCCAUCACUCAGUCUCAGGCGGAUCUCGUUAGCGCGGCAGAGCAGCUUGACAAGGAAGGCAAACAUGAAUAUGCCCUAGAGAUCUUUCAGUGGAUGGAUAAAAAGAAGAUGAGUUUUUCUCCCUCGCAGCUUGCAGUUUUUCUUAAUAUCAUUGCUAAGACUAGAGGCUUAGAUGCUGCUGAAGCCUACUUCAAGAAAAUAGACCCAAAUAUCGACAGAAUGGACACUCGUUCCAAGAAUUGGCCUGCGUACGUGACUCUCCUCCUUUUGAAGCGUGAGUCAAAAAAAAAUCUGGCUAAGGCUAGCUGUUGGUCACCAUCGCAAUGACGUUUUAGUGAUAUGAUUAACUAUUCCUUUGGUUUCACUGUGUGUGUUGUGUGGCUUUCAUAUAUAUAUAUAUAUAUAUGUACUCUUUGCCUUCUU